AUGCGGUCCCAGAGACCAAGAUGCAAUCCCAGGUCUGCCUAUGACUGUUUGGAUGAUCCUGAGGAGGCCACUGGGCUUCCUGGGAACAGUUUCCUCAUCUGUACUGGACAGCAGAGAGGCUCCACCUCCAACCCUCACCUGGUCGGGGACGGAGGGCCCGAGGCCCCUCUCCCGGGAACCCGUCUGCCGGUCCGCUCGCUUCCACUCCCGCUCGCAGCCGGGUCCGAUGCCCUGCGCGCCUCCUCUCGGCCGGCCCCGGGGCGCGCGCGGCGGGCGGCGCUGCUGCGCGCGCUGGGCAUCCGCCUGGUGAGCGGGGAGGGCGGGCGGCUCGAGUGGUUCGGCUGCAGCAAGGAGACGCCGCGCUGCUUCGGGACGGUGGUGGGCGACACGCCGGCCUACCUGUACGAGCAGCGCUGGACGCCGCCGUGCUGCCUGCGCGCGCUGCGCGAGACCGCCCGCUACGUGGUGGGCGUGCUGGAGGCGGCGGGCGUGCGCUACUGGCUGGAGGGCGGCUCGCUGCUGGGGGCCGCCCGCCACGGGGACAUCAUCCCGUGGGACUACGACGUGGACCUGGGCAUCUACCUGGAGGACGUGGGCAACUGCGAGCAGCUGCGCGGCGCCGAGGCGGGCUCGGUGGUGGACGAGCGCGGCUUCGUGUGGGAGAAGGCCGUAGAGGGCGACUUCUUCCGCGUGCAGUACAGCGAGAGCAACCAUCUGCACGUGGACCUGUGGCCUUUCUACCCCCGCAACGGGGUCAUGACCAAGGACACGUGGCUGGACCACCGGCAGGAUGUCGAGUUCCCCGAACACUUCCUGCAGCCUCUCGUGCCCCUGCCUUUCGCUGGCUUCGUGGCGCAGGCGCCUAACAACUACCGUCGCUUCCUGGAGCUCAAGUUCGGCCCCGGGGUCAUCGAGAACCCCGAGUACCCCAACCCGUCACUCCUGAGUUUGGCGGGAAGCGGCUGAGGCUCCAGCGGCCGCUCCUGGGAGCGGGAGAAGAACGCUCAUGGGCGGGGAGCUGGCCUUUGCUUUGGCGCCGCUGGCGUUUGGUGGGCGGGCCGGGGAUGCCCAGCUGCCCUGCAAGGCCCAGCACAGGCCCGGACGUCGAAGACCUACGCUGCCCAAGAUUUCCGAGAGCGUGCGCUUUAUUCAGAGCACGGACAGUUUUUGUAAAGAGGAAAGCAUGUGGGUUCUGGGCUGGACUGCCGUGACCAAAACCCCAGCUCUACCACUUGCAACUUAGGUGGGCCUGGGCGACUGUCCCGGCUUCUCUGUGCCUCAGUUUCUUCCGGGAUUCAAUGAGCGCCCUCUGUCCAGCUCACAGUCCGUGGGGCACUUGGUUGCUGGGGCUGCUUCCGCCACCAGGGGGCGCCGUCGUCCUGCUGUGGGGCCAAGGCGCCGGUAAGCCUGUCCCCUCCGUUGUUCUGUAGCUUUCCUGACUCUUGAGUCUCAGGCCUCUCUAAUCCCCUGUGUCUUGCAGGACCGGAUAACUAUCCCCCUUCGCCCUUCGAGAGCCCCGGGAGGUGCAUGCUGCUCUUGACCUCCUCUUCCAGAGGAGGGAACAGGCUCAGAGCCCUGAGCUGCAGCUAUGGUUAAGAACCGGGUCCUGGAUGCCGGCCCCACUCCAUGUUAAUGGUGUUACCUCAUUAUUUCAGCUCUCUGCACCUGUUAGCCCACUGCAAGGCCGGAUAAACAGUCGUCAUAACUCACUGUUACUCAGCACAUACCGUGUGCCAGGCAUCCUUCUCAGUAUUUCACACAGAUUCACUGAUUUAUGUCUCACCCCCAGGUCCUGAGGUGAGAGCUGCUAUUAUUUCCAUUUUACAGGGGAGCAAACUGAGGCUAGAAUGGUAAAGCCAUUUGCCCAAGGUCAGACAGCUUGGGAAGUGACCGAGCAGGGACUUGAACCCAGGCAGUCAGUCUGGAGCCCACACAGAAGUUGGAUACUAUGCCCCUCUCUGUGGUACCGCUCUGCGUCUCCGAAACUCUGCUUUGCACCUAAGAAAUGGAGGUGACUGGGUGCUGGGUGGCACUUGAGUGGUAAAGGGGUCAGGAGUCAAGGCUGGGGUUGGCUCCUGGCUUGGCCACUUAUUUUCCUGGUCAUCUUAGGCAAGUCACGGCCUCCCUGAACCUAUAGGUCGGGUGUGGGGGAUCGGUGUCAUUGCAGACACAUGAAGCCCUUGGAGGAGGAGGAGACCUCACAGGCCAGCAAGAGGGAAGACGCAUGCAAAUUUGUCCCAGUCUCCUGAGACUCAGAUGUCCAAAGCCUGACUUCUUAGAACACAGCCUCUGUUUUUAGCCACUGAACCCGCAAAUGGCCCCGAGACUGUUGGGUUUCCGUGGAGCGUUUGGGAAACAUACGGGGAUGAUUUGGGGUGAUCAUGGGGUGCUCUUGGCCCUCCAGAGCCACGGCCCAGGGAUGGAGACGUCCCAUAAUAUGCAGGGCGUCUCCACCUAAUAAAACAUCGUCCCUUGUCACGUGCGGUUUUGAAAUGCCCCACAGGGCAUUCGUGAAGGAUGUGUGAUGUCCAAAACCUUUUGUAACAGGUACAGUAAUAUAAAUUAAUAUAUAAGUUAGUAUAUGCAUCCGUCUAUUUAAAUAUUUUUGAUUCUCUAAAGAAUGGAAACGAUCCCUCUAUAUACAUAUUUCUUUAAGUUGUUUGCCAGGAACAUAAGCUGAAGCUCACAUCGCUCUUAAUCGUUGCAAUGAUUUUGUUUUAUUUAGAAACUUAUUUAGAAAUUGUUGGUGUGAUUUCUUGACACAGCUAUGUAUACAUAUAUAUAUAUUCGUAUAUAUUUAUGAAUAUAUAUAUCGCUUAUUUAUUUAUUUGUUAUAUAAAAUAUAUAUAAAGUAACCCUGCCUUAGCUGUGAUUUGAUAAGGGAACCACAACAAGUGCUUCCCACUGCAACUUCCCAAGUUGCAACUUCCCACUGAGCUCAGUUUCAUCAGGUGACUUGGGGUCUCAAUAGAUCAUUUCUCUUGGCAUUAUCCACAGCGUUUUGGUGUUUUCUCCUCUCCUCACUGUUCUUGAACUAUCGGCAAUGACACUAAAAUCUUUUGUAGCCUC